AUGGCCGACGACGAGCGCCGUGCGAAGCGAUCUCGCUUCGACCAGACUGAGCCAGACCAGCGUCGCCAAUCCAGGUUCGACCGCCGCUCUCGAUCGCCCACCUCGCGCCAGUCCGAGUCGACAAGGCAUCGCAGCCCGUUAGGUCGAGAAGUUCGCAGUCCUGGUGCUGAGGCUCCCAAGUCUGCAAGCCCCCAUGAUCCUGCAGCUGCAGCAGCUGCCGCCGCCGCCAAAAUCAAUGCGCAGUUGCAAGCCAAAAAGGGAAUCCAGCAUAUCGACGUCCCUCCCAUCCGUUCGACCGCAAGUCCCGCCGCGAACGAUUCCGAAGGCGCUGCCAAGCUGGAGAAAGAGGUUUAUAUCGCCGACGGAGACUACAUUAGAGAUAUCGAAGUCAAUGACUUGCGCAACCGCUACACUCUGACCAAAGGGUCCACGCAAAAGAUGAUUAAAGAUGAAACUGGCGCCGAUGUCACUACCCGUGGAAGCUACUACCCAGACAAGUCCAUGGCCACGGCUGCGAACCCACCGCUCUACCUGCAUAUUACUAGCACCUCCCGAGACGGCCUCGAAAAGGCUAUUGCUCGUAUCGAAGAGCUCAUGAAGCAAGAACUUCCCAACCUCGUGGAUGAGCGCCGGUUCCGCCGGCGGGAACCAGAGGCUGUGGAAAGAGAUGAAUUUGGACGGAGGAAAUGGCCCGAGGAGCGUAUUCCCGUCGAUCUGGAGCCGAUCCAAGGUUUCAAUCUUCGGGCUCAGGUUGUUGGCCAGGGCGGAGCAUAUGUCAAGCAUAUCCAACAGAAGACCGGCUGCAAAGUCCAGAUCAAAGGACGUGGGUCCGGCUUCAGGGAGAUGUCCACCGAUCGAGAGAGCGAUGAGCCCAUGUAUCUGCAUGUUGCAGGUCCCGACCCUAACCAAGUACAAAGCGCCAAAGAACUCUGUGAGGAUCUUUUGUCAAAUGUCCGGGAGCAAUACCAACGCUUCAAAGAAAACCCUCCUCAGCAUGGCUAUGGUGGCUACGGCCAGCGUGGAGAUCGCCAUUACAGUGGAGGAUAUGGUGGAGGACACGGCGGAGGACACGGCGGAGGAGGACAUGGUGGUGGCUACGGCGGAUAUAACCAGCAUAAUCAACAGUCUCCGCCUUCAGCGUCAAUGAGCCCGGCUGGCCAGGGUGCCCCAGGCGAAAGUGCUCCUGGAGCCGCCAACUCGGAUUACGCUGCUCAAUAUGCGCAGUAUUACGGCGGUGGCGCGGACCCGUACGCAGCAUACGGGGGCUACCAGAAUUAUGUUGCUUACUAUCAGUACUACCAACAAUGGGCUCAGCAGCAGCAAGGGGCGACGGCGACUGAUGGCAGCGCUCCUCCACCACCACCUCCUUCAAACGACGCUCCUCCCCCUCCCCCUCCUGGUGCAGGAUCUGGAUCGCCGCCGCCACCUCCUCCCCCUGGUGGGAGUUACAAUUCGGUUCCUCCUCCACCCGGCUUAUAG